GCGGCGUUUGGUAUCGAUCGAUCUAGCACAUCAAGAUGGCGGCUCUAGCCGUGCUGCCUAUCUGCUACGUCCUGUUGUUGUGUUAUCACCCGGCAACCGCCAACAGCAUCCAAGAUAGCUUCUACAAUCAGAUACAAAACGUCUUGAAUCACAUCCGACUACCGGAGGAGGAAGAGGUUUUGCUGCCUCCGAGGCCGAAGGAGGUCGUGGGCUGGGGAGUUAAUCUCAAAUUAGGUCAAGUUAGCGGUGUAACCGUCAACAAUGUUGGACAACCUGUCAUCUUUCAUCGAGGGCCUAGGAUUUGGGAUGAGAGAUCAUUCAAUAAGUCACACUACUUCCAACAACGUAGUCAAGGGCCUAUCAGAGAGGAUACCGUGCUGAUCCUCGACCCUCACUCAGGAGCUGUCCUCAAUAGCUGGGGUCGAGACCUCUUCUAUCUUCCUCAUGGUAUCACGGUAGACCCUGAGGGCAACACCUGGCUCACUGAUGUCGCUCUACACCAAGUCUUCAAGUUCUCUCCGGGAUCGCGGAGGCCAGGCCUGACCUUCGGCCAGAGGUUCAUGCCAGGUCAUGGAGUCCGCCAGCUGUGCAAACCAACAUCUGUUGCUGUUGCCACCUCAGGAGAGAUCUUCAUCGCUGAUGGCUACUGCAACUCUAGAAUUCUUAAGUUUGAUGGCAACGGUGACUUAGUCAGAGUCUUUCCCCAACAGCAAGAGUUCUUGUCAUUGCAAGUUCCACACAGCCUGGCUCUUCUGGAAUAUCGGGACCUGCUUUGUAUCGCAGACCGGGAAAAUAUGCGAGUGGCUUGUAUUGGAGCCAAGCUGCGUGAUUCUCGACCUGGACCAAGCGCAGCAUUCACCAUUCAGCAGCCAGACAUGGGCCGUGUUUUUGGCAUCGCUUCGCAUGGUGACUUGGUAUAUGCUGUGAAUGGCUACUCAUCUCCAAUGAUUCCCGUCCAAGGCUUCACCCUGGAUCCCCUGGCAGAGGCUGUUUUGGACCACUGGGGUCCGACUACUAAGCUAUUCCAGAGCCCCCACGACAUUGCCAUCUCUCAGGACGGCCAUUCUCUCUAUGUGUCAGAGAUUGGUCCCAACAGGGUGUGGAAGUUUGAAAUGCAGCACAAUUAUGAACCAAACAGUGAACCAAAUACCUUUUAACAUUGCAGUAUGCAAACAAGUAUUGUAUUCAUAGUUACAUAUAAAAUACUGUACCUGUUCUUUGAUGUAUCUAGAAUAUCCUAAAAUACAAAUGACCUUAUAGAUUGUAAAAGUUUAAUUUAUUAAUGAAAUAUAUAAAGCACAAUAUUUAAUUUUAAAAGA